UGCAAGUACGUAAUGGAAGCCAUUUGUCACGAGUCACUUGGAGAUCCAGCUUCUCCCUCGGUUUCUCGAUGGCAAUUGUUAAUUGUUGGAGGCAAUAUCGCAUGUAAAGGCCUGAGUGCAAAACAAGAUUGCUCUCUAUAUGAUGAAAGUAUCUCUUACACUUUGGGUGUAAAAUAGAGGGACAGGCUCCUACCGAAAAUAAACUAAUAAAGACAUUAGCAUGCCGAUAUUGCAACAAGUAGUGCACAUUUUACCGAGAGCAAUUAGCCACCUGUCAUUAGCCUAAUCUCCCUUUCAACCGCUACAAUGGCGACCGCGAAAGCAGGAUUUUCUUCUCACCUCUUCAUAUAUAUAUAAAUGGAACCACUUAAUCUCUAACGGUCCUCCAUUUCCCAUUACUGUGCUUUGGCUUCUAAAGAUCACCCUCGUGCAUUUGCUUUGUUUUUAGCUUUUGGAAUUCUUGGUCACUGCGAUAUAUUUCAUCUGGAUUCUGUAAUUUUUUAUCCAUUUUCUUUUGGGACAUCAAAGACUUGGGCAUGGAGAUGCGUUUGGAUCCUUGGAAAGUCCGAGAAAUGUUGGUGGGCUACAGUUUUCUUGGUAGCAAGAAAGCCGUUUCUUGUGAUUUGUAUACAUACCUCGCAGGAUUUUAGUCUUGGAACAAGUGCUUGAGCGGGUGGAGGAGAGUACAGCUGGUUCGUACUGUAUGGGCUUUCGGGUUUUUGUCUAAAAAUGGGACUUUUAUUUUAAAAUUGUGAGCAAUGGGUGUAAUCUGACAGAAAUGAUUUUCGGAAAACUCUUGGGAAUUCAGGGAAUGACAAUUUCUGGAGCUCUUUCUUUGUUUUGCGUUUUUGGUUGUGAUUAAUGGAUUGAGUUCUUUAUGAGUAGGUAGGGGGAGAGAAUGGCUACAGGAACUGAGUUAUCGCCUCAGAUGGCCGUAAUGGAUGGUGGGUGCUUGAAGGAAACUGGUGUGACUACCAUGGAGGGUCAGAAUUAUAAUAAUGAUGAUACAUUGGAAAGCAUGGCCCAAACUAAUACGAGGAAACCCCCGAGAAACCUCUCUGUUAUGCGGCAUUGCACUAGCUCUGCUUUGUUGGCUGAAUCGGAAAUAGAUAUUGGGGUUUUAGGCUUGAAGUCACCUUUGGAUGAGAAAGCCGGAUUUUUACCUAUAUGUCGCUCGGGAAGCUGUUCUGAGAAGGGGCCAAAACAGUACAUGGAGGAUGAGUACAUCUGUGUAGAUAAUCUUCAUGAACAUCUUGGCAUUGCAGCAAAUUUCUCUUGUGGUGGUGCAUUUUAUGGGGUGUUUGAUGGACAUGGCGGUAUAGAUGCUGCAUCAUUCAUCAGAAAGAGCAUACUUAACUAUAUUGUUGAAGACUCUCAUUUCCCAUCUGGAAUGAAAAAGGCAGUUAAGAGUGCUUUUGUGAAGGCUGAUCAUGCAUUUGCAGAUGCUGCAACUCUUGAUAGCUCCUCUGGCACCACGGCUUUGACUGCCCUAAUCAUGGGAAGGACCAUGUUAAUUGCUAAUGCUGGGGAUUCUCGAGCCGUGUUGGGCAAGCGAGGAAGAGCAAUUGAGCUAUCCAAAGACCACAAACCCAACUGCACCUCUGAAAGACUUAGAAUUGAGAAAUUGGGUGGUGUCAUUUAUGAUGGCUACCUUAAUGGUCAACUAUCAGUGGCACGUGCCCUUGGAGACUGGCAUAUCAAGGGCUCUAAAUGUUCAAACGGCCCGUUAAGCUCUGAGCCAGAAUUAGAGGACAUUGUCUUGACAGAAGAAGACGAGUUUCUGGUAUUGGGUUGCGAUGGCUUGUGGGAUGUGAUGAGCAGCCAGUGUGCAGUUACGAUGGUGAGGAAGGAACUAAUGGUGCAUAAUGAUCCUGAGAAGUGUUCAAGAGCACUUGUCAAGGAGGCACUCCAACGUAACACCUGUGAUAACCUGACAGUUAUUGUGGUGUGUUUCUCCUCAGAUCCACCUCCUAAGAUUGAAAUUCCUAAAUCCCAUAAGAGGAGGAGUAUAUCAGCUGAAGGGCUUGAUCUUCUCAAGGGCGUCUUGAAUGGUUUAUGAACAAGAUUUUCAGAAGACCUUUUUCAAGACAAGAAUUGAUGUAUACUUCUUCUAUGGGGCAUUUUUCUCACCAUGUGUUGCCCCCCUGGCCCCCAAACUGCGGUCCGACAUUUGCUGGUUUCUUUGAAAAAUCGUAUUGUGCAUUUGAGAUACUUGUUGUCAGUCAAGAAUUGAACUUUCCUUUUUUCCAUUUUUUGAUUGGAUGGAGCAAAAUCAAAUGAAGGAGAGUUGUUCAUCUAUGUUU